CGGUUUUGGAAGACAGGAGCCAGCGGGCCUGGCCAGGGAGGCAGCGCGCUGUGUGCGGGCGGCAGGGGCUGUUGCAGGCAAGCUGCAGUGACUCCUCCUAGAGGCGGUAUGUGGAGAAGAAGGAGCCCCCCCUCUCCGUCCCCCUCCAGAGCUGCCGCCGCCAUUGAAACAUACAAUACAAGAGAAAGCUAGCGGCAGGCGAGAGCAGCCCAGGGGAGUCAGCGGCAGCAGGAGCCUCCCGAGGCGGGGAAGGCGGCGGCGACCUCCGGGCAGCUUUGUGUAGGUGCAAGUAAAUAAAAACUUUGUCAGCAAAUUGAAAGGAAUAUAGCAGCAAGAUGUCUGCCCGAAGUGGGAAAAAGAAAAUGUCCAAAAUGUCACGCUCAAGCAGGGCAGGUGUUAUUUUCCCUGUGGGGAGGAUGAUGCGCUACUUGAGGAAAGGAACAUACAAGUACCGGAUAGGUGUUGGAGCGCCAGUCUACAUGGCAGCUGUCAUAGAAUACCUAGCAGCUGAAAUACUAGAGCUAGCAGGGAAUGCAGCAAGAGACAACAAAAAGGGAAGAAUUGCCCCCAGACACAUCCUCCUGGCAGUUGCCAAUGAUGAGGAACUGAACCAGUUGCUAAAAGGAGUGACCAUUGCAAGUGGAGGGGUCCUGCCCAGAAUUCAACCAGAGCUUCUUGCAAAAAAACGAGGUGCCAAAGGCAAAUCUGAAACUAUCCUUUCCCCAUCUCCUGAAAAGAGAGGGAGGAAAUCCUUGGUGAGCAAGAAGAGUGGAAAGAAAGCAAAGGCUACCAAAGCCCGGGCACCCAAAAAGAGCAAGCAGAAGGAGAAUGAAAAAGAGGGGGCCUCAAAUUCAACAUCUGAGGAUGGACCUGGGGACGGAUUCACCAUCCUGUCUUCUAAGAGCCUCGUUCCAGGACAGAAGCUUUCUCUGACACAAAGUGACGUCAGCCAUAUUGGCUCCAUGAAAGUAGAAGGCAUUGUUCACCCAACAACUGCUGAAAUAGACCUCAAGGAGGAAAUAGGCAAGGCCUUGGAAAAGGCUGGAGGGAAAGAAUUUUUAGAAACAGUAAAGGAGCUCCGCAAAUCACAAGGACCUUUGGAAGUUGCUGAAGCUGCCCUCAGCCAGUCCAGUGGACUAGCAGCAAAGUUUGUGAUCCAUUGUCACAUCCCACAGUGGGGUUCAGACAAAUGUGAAGAGCAACUUGAGGAAACUAUUAAGAAUUGCUUAACAGCUGCAGAAGACAAAAAAUUGAAGUCCGUGGCUUUUCCACCUCUCCCCAGUGGCAGCACCAGAAAUUAUGGGAUGGGCACCCUGGCUCCAAAGUUCUGGCAGACAACUGUGGAGAAUCUUCUUUCUGAGGGCUCAGACCGUCUUAGCUUUAAGACUGCCGAUAUGCUCCACACGUGGAAAGAUUCCCAAAUCACACUUCACUAUCUUAGGGUUCAUACACCUGGUGCCAAGAGAAAAGAGUUCCUGAGUUCCCACCCAAGAGCUGUGCUGCAAUCUUUAUUUAAAUGGACUCUGAGCACCCACCUCCACGCAUCAGAUCACUACUUGGAAGUCAACAAGAAUGGAAUAUACAUGGACAAGCAUUCGAAGAAGAAAAGUUACUUACCUUUACAGCAUGAGAACAUGCAGGGCACAGGCGCAGCCCCCACAGACACUGCUGGCCAAGACACCAAUCUCACCUGCAUAGGGAGCAUGCACACCAAGAGUGGAAUAUAUAUGGACAAACCAUCUCAAAUGAACUUCAGUUACUGAAAAAGAAACUGCUUCCCAAAACAGACCGCAGCCCAGGUGACUCUCAAAGCCAUUUCCACCCAUUUUGAUGACACUAGUUCUUCCUCCUUGAAGA